CGUUGUUCGCAACGAUCAGAUCACACGCCCGGCCGCCUCUUCCCGCGCUCCCCGCCUCGGAUCCAGGCGUCCGUGCCCCGUCGACGUGCGCAAGCUUCUCAGGGGGCCACAGACAGCAGCACCGCCUUCCCAACCGCGCAUGCCCCCCACCACGUUUGCCUCAAUUUUUGACGGGCCUUCCAGGGAUUAGCAGGGUUCUGCACCAAUCACCGCUCUCGCUAGGACGCCGUCAGCCCAUGUCUCCAUGGCAACCUUUUGCAGAAAAAAGGGGCACUCCUCCACUGCCCGCCCGGACUGCAAAUUGCAAAGAGGCCCGGCCCAGUGCUUUCUGGGAAAUGUAGUCGGCUGGGCCCUCCGUGUGCGCUAGCGCCGCGCGACGUUCCUUUGUGUUCGUGAGCGGUAGGCGGGCCUGGGAGUCUCCAUGGUAACCGUGGGGCCGACCCGACGGUCUCCAGCGCAACCCCGGGGACCUGGCAGAGGCAGGUAUGGCAGGAGAGGCCAAGAGGCUGCCAUUGGGGGCACAUUGGUAGCUACUGUGGAUAGGCCCUGGGGAGAGACCUCAUCAAGGUGCGUGGCUCAGGGAGGUGGAAUGAAGACAACUCCCCGGCUGCCAAUGUCGGGGAAGGCACCCCUUGGUGGGAUUGGCCUCCGCCACAGUGCCAAGCGGGACCGAAAGUCCAUCACCUUGCAUGUGAAGUUAGAGGUGCUCCGGAGGUUUGAGGAAGGUGAGAAGCUGACUCAGAUUGCCCGGGCCCUGGGGCUGGCCACCUCUACCGUCGCUUCCAUCCGUGUCAACAAGGACAAGAUCCGGGCCAAUUCUCAGGCAGCCACCCCUGUCAGCGCCACGCAGCUGACCCGCUGCCGGGGUGUGGUGAUGGGCCAUAUGGAACGCUUGCUGAGCCUAUGGAUUGAGGAGCAAAAGCGGCAGAACCUGCCCAUCAGCACACUGCUCAUCCAGGAGAAGGCACGACGGCUCUUUGUGCAGCUGCAGCAUGAGCAGGGUAAUGGCACUCAGGCUGAGACCUUUGGGGCCAGUAAUGGCUGGUUUGCCCGAUUCAAGGCUCGCCACAAUGUGCUUUUGACAGAUGAGCCAUCUGUGGCUGACACCCAGGCUGCUGCCCACUAUCCCCCAGUGCUGCGCACCAUUCUGGAGGAGGGCUGCUACUCACCAUGCCAGGUCUUCAAUGUGGACGAGACGGGCCUGUUCUGGAAGCGGCUCCCGGAGCGCAUGCUGCUGGCCCUGGAAGGGGCAGCCGGGCCUGGCCUCAAGGCCUCCAAGGACCACCUGACUCUGCUGCUUGGUGGCAAUGCAGCCGGUGAUUUCAAACUGAAGCCGCUGCUGGUGUACCCCUCAGAGAACCCACGUGCCCUCAAGGGCUGCUCCAAGGCCAGCCUUCCUGUGGUCUGGCGCUCUAACCGCAAUGACUGGCUGACACCCAGCAUCUUCCAGGAGUGGUUUACUGGCUGCUUCUGCCCUGCCGUGGAGAGCUACUGUGCCAGCCACGGCCUCCCACACCGAGCCCUGUUGCUCUUGGAUGGCGCGCCCUGCCACCCUGCUCAUCUGGGUGGCCUCUCAGCCCACGUGCGAGUUGAGUUCCUGCCCAAGAACACAUCGGCCCUGAUCCAGCCUAUGAACCAGGGUGUCAUUGCCACAUUCAAGGCCCAUUACCUGCGCCGCACGCUCAGCCAGCUGGUCCAGGAGACAGCUGGGGAAGACCGGCCCUCUGUGCGGGAAUUCUGGCGCAGCUACACUGUUGUGACUGCUGUGGACAAUAUAGCCGAAGCCUGGGCAGAGCUGCAGCCUGCCACCAUGAAUAGUGCCUGGAGGAAGCUCUGGCCCGAGUGUGUCCCCUCUGGCACCCCCGAGCCUGACACCGUGCCUCAGCUCCGUCGCAGCAUUGUCGCACUAGCCAGCCAUGUGGGCCUUGGAGAUGCAGCUGAGGCCGAUGUCGCCAGCCUCCUGCAGGCCCAUGGGGAGCCCCCACCCCACGGCAGCCCCCAGGAUGCAGAAGAUGGGGACAUCAGCGGCUCUGGGUUGACCUGGAAGGCAGGGAAAGUCUCGGUCUCCAGAAAACCAGAGCCAGAUUUCACAGAGGCUAUGCAGGUCAGGGCCAGGGCAGCAGCGGCACUGGAAUCAGCCGGCACAGGGCGGGAAAACACAUAUUCUUUAGCUAUGUCUGGAGAGAGGGAUGCAGAUAGAGCCUCCUCCGUUUCUGGCCAGAAGAUCCCUCUGCAGAGGCCGCCCAGUGCAAGCCAGCGCCACAGCACCGAGGGGGACCGCGAGGCUAUCAACCUGCAGGUGAAGCUUGAGAUGUUGUGGUGCUUCGAAGCUGGAGAGAAGCGUAGCAGAAUCGGGAAGGUGUUGGGGCUGUCCGCCUCCACUGUGGCCACCAUUUGUGACAACAAGGAGAAGAUCCAAGCGAGUUCCCAGCGGCCACCAGAUUGACGCGCAGCCGCAGCCUGGCGGUGGAGAAGAUGGAGCGGCUGCUAAGCGUGUGGACCGAGGACCAGAACCAGCGCAACGCGCCCAUCAGUGUCAUCCUCGUCCCGGAGAAGCCUCGCAGCCUGUCUGAGGACCUCAGGUGGGAGCAGGGUGAGGGUGCCCCAUCGGAGGCCUUCGGGGCUAGUUGAGGGUGCCUGGCCUUGGGGUGGGUGUCGAGGCUGUGGGCCCAACUGCGGCAGCCGUGCGCAAGUACCCCGCGUUGUGCGGAGAGUGAUCCAGGAGGGCGGGUACCACCCCGGCUGGUGUUCAGCGUGGAUGAGACUGGGCUUUCUGGAAGCGACUGCCUGCCAGGAUGCUCCUCUCCCUGGAGGAGAAGUCAGCCCGAGAUCUCCUGACGCCGCGGCUUGCUGGCAGUGCGGCCGGCAGCUUCAAGGUGAAGCUGCUGCUGCUGUAUCCCUCGGAGAACCUGCAUGCCCUCAGGGGCUGCUCCAGGCCCAACCUGCCCGUGGUGUGGCGUUCACACACGGAGGCCUGGUGACCACGAGCAUCCUCCAGGAGUGGUUUGUGCCCUUCUGCCCAGCUGUGGAGAGGGACUGUGCCCGGUACGGCCUCCCGUACGAAGCCCUGCUCAUCCUGGACCGUGCCCCUGGCCACCCUGGGAGCCUGGAUGACCUCUCAGACCACGUGCGUGUGCUGUACCUGCCCAAGAAAACCGUGGCCCUCGUCUAGCCCAUGAACCAGGGCAUUGUUGCCACCUUCAAGGCCUUCUACCCACGGACGGUCUUCCGCCUGUUGGCGUUGCGGGUGGGAGGCAGGGACCAGCAGUCGGUGGUCCUUGACUUCUGGUGAGACUACAGCAUUCUUUUUGUUUGUUUGUUUGUUUAUUUAUUUGACAGAGAGAGACACAGCGAGAGAGGGAACACAAGCAGGGGGAGUGGGAGAGGGAGAAGGAGGCUUCCCGCUGAGCAGGGAGCCCGAUGCGGGGCUCGAUCCCAGGACCCUGGGACCAUGACCUGAGCCGAAGGCAGACGCUUAACGACUGAGCCACCCAGGCACCCCUGCUACAUCUUUCUCAAUGAGCCACAUCCCUACCCCUUUAAAUAUGCAUAAUAUAAUAUAAGACAAUUGUACUUAAAGCUAUUUUUAAAAAAAAUUUUUUUAAAGACUUUAUUUAUUUUUCAACAGAGAGAGACAGUGAGAGAGGGAACACAAGCAGGGGGAGUGGGAGAGGGAGAAGCAGGGAGCCCAAUGCGGGGCUCGAUCCCAGGACCCUGGGAUCCUGACCUGAGCCGAAGGCAGAUGCUUAACGACUGAGCCACCCAGGCGCCCCGAGACUGCAGCAUUCUUGACACUGCCUACAACAUCUCUGAGUCCUGGGAGGAGGUCCCGCCAGCUACCCUGAAUGGGGGGUGGAGGAAGCUGUGGCGCGAGGGCAUCCAGCAGGAUGCCAACAGGCUGCAUGUAGCAACUCUGCCGCAGAUCCUGCAGGACAUCCUGGCACUGGCCCAUGGUGUGGGUUUUAGAGAGGUGACCGAGGCAGAUGAGGUGGAGCUGCUGCAGAGCCCCGGGCGGGCUCUCCAAUGAGGAGCUGAUGGGACCAGAGAGGGGCAUGUGACUGCAGAGGAGGGUGAGGAUGGCGCGCCCAGCUCACCGCCAGACACCGGGCCAUGGCUUUGGCACACUGUGAUGCUGGCCUGCAGAUCAUCAGUGGCGAUGACCCCAACCUGGAGUGCAGCCUCAGAGUCUGCCGGGCCAUAAACAACAUCGUCAGCUGCUAUCGGGAGGCUUUCAAGGAGAAGAGAGGCCCCAAGUAGUGGUGGUGGUGCUGGUGGCAGGGGCUUGGGAGCUCCGGGCACACAGGACUCUGUCAGGGAGAGGGCUUCCUCAUGACUCCCUUUGUUCAUGUUGAAGUUGCAAUGGCCUGAAUUUUUCCAUUUCAUUGUGUUAAUUCCCCAAAUGAUUUUUAUCAGCAAAUAAUUUCUUAUCCCAAGUGAACUUCUCAAAUACAUGGUUUUAAAAGCCGUGAUGAAUUCUCAAGUGUGAUUUGUGUGUGUGUGUGUGUGUGUGUGUCCUGGGCCCUUUGGAGGAAAGCGUACCAAGUUUCUUAAUGGAAGUCUUUGACAAAGCCCAGCUCACUGUGCAGCAUGCCCAGCAGUGUUCCUGUGCUUGUGAGCUCUCCCUCUGUUUAGUGUGGGACUCUUGGAGCUGUGUGGACAUUCAGUCAGGAGAGGGGUUUUGCUUGGUUUCUGGUCAUCUCAUCUCUCAGCUGGGCUUUAGGCCCUGCAGACAGAAAAGGCUGACCCCAGAUGAGCCUCCAAAGGGACCCAGUGAUACGGAGAGUAGGUUUGGGUGGGAGGAGUGCCUGGCCACACACCCCCGUGCUCUGUUCCUCUGGGGCCUUGGGUGCUAAUUGUCAACCUGUCCUGUUCUCUGGAAUGGUGUUGUGUCCCCACUGACUGGCUAGGGAGAGAGGAGAGACUUCAACCCCUGGUGGGUGAGCUUGGGAGGCAGCAUACUCACCAGGCCUCCCAGCCCCUAGCAAGGGGCAUCCUCAUGGCUGCAGGUUUCUCUUGGCCAAAACUGGAUGCUAAUUCCUUUCUUCUCGUUUCCUUUCUUCUCGUCUCCUCCCCUGCUCUCUCUGCCUUGCACUCCCUUUGUUUACUGGUUUCCAUUUGACUUCUGCCAUGCCCCUUUGACUUCUCCCUGUGGACACGGCUUAUUCCAGACAGGGGUGGCAUUUGGAGAAAGGCCCCGGAUCCCACGAGGGAAGACUGGGGGCCACCCAGUGCCCUGCAGAAGGCAGCCUUCGGGGAUGUGAGCUGUUUGGGUAAGGAUGUGGAUUUUGGGGAGCAGGUUGGCCUUAUUGCCGGACACAUAGGCCUUCAGGUGAGUGGUCUGUUUCCAGCCAUGGAUUCCUGCUGAAGAAAGCCUUCACCUGAGCCUACCCUCUUUCCACAGGAGUGGGGAGAGGGAGGGCUAGCUUAGGGGAUUGGUUAUUGUUUAAAUUUGACCUGAAGGUUUUGCUUUGGGGCCAAGAUGCCCACACAUCUCCCAUCUGCCUUCUGUACACACCUGCGCACACCUGGCUGAGAUAUGCCCAGACUUGACCUCAAAUUACAUGCAGGAAAUGAGUACUACCUGCUGGCUGGACCUGUUGCACCCAAGCAGACUCUUCUGCCCUAGUGGUGGGGCCAGCUCUGGCAUCUCCUGGGAGUGGCCACCGUGGGUGUAUCUUGGGAUCCCAGGGUUGCUGGUCAGCUUCUCCCAUUUGGGUGCCUGCACCACUUAAUGUAGAAUCAGAGUCGGAUCAGAGCCUGACUUUAAACACCCUUGGGGACAUUAAUCAGGUAAGGGAAGAGUCACUUGUUAUUAGUUGGCCAUGGGGCAUGUGGCCCAUCUCCAUUUGGGAGUCCAAGCCUGCUGGUCAGUGAGUGCCCAGCUGCCCUGGCAGGGGGACCUGGGCGAGUGUUUUCAGUAAACUGUACCUGCUCUAGUUUCCAGCCAGUACAGCUCCUCACCUUUGUCUCAGUUCCCAGCUGCAUCCAGGGAGGAUCUUGGGUGUGAUGCCAAACAACAGUUUUAUCACUGUUUUAACCUUUUACUGUCUAAAAAGAGAGAAGACAAUUCCAUGUAUUUCAAGUGACAAAUAUAGCGAGCUAGUCGAACAAGUGAAGCAUACCAAACCAGAAAAGAGGAAUCUACCCUCUCUCUCUGCCAACUGAAGCGAUUUCUCAUUUGCCUUGGGAAUGAGGAAAUGCUAAUUGUCCCCCUGUCAGAAGGCAACUCGAGCUUUUGCUACUAUGUCAAAAAUGAUCACAUGUAGGAUGUGCUGCAUGAGCCCAUGUUAGCAUUGUGCAUGGAGCCUAGGAUGCUGGCAGAGCUGAAGAGAUACAAGAAUGUGACGCAGGAAGCCAUACUCCUGUGCUUGAAGCUAUGCAAACCCUGCCAGCGUUAAGUUGCAUCCUGUAGAGAAAGGUAUGUUGUUGAAGACUGAUGUUUGUGGAGACGAGGAGCUGGUGCCAGGUGGACCUUAUUGACAUGCAGUCUCAGGCUGGUGGACCGUUCAAAUUCAUCAUGGUCUACCGGGGUCACACCCCCAAAUUUGUCUAGUAGAGGCCUCUGGCCAGCAAAAGUGCUAUGGACAUGGCCAGAUGUCUGCUAGGUAUAUUCUGUAUCUUUUUUUUUUUUUUAAGAUUUUAUUUACUUAGAGCAUGUGAGCCAGGGGAGGGGCAGAGGGGGAGAGAGAGAGAGAAGCAGACUUCCCACUGAGCGCAGAGCCCUAUGCAGGGCUCAAUCUCACAGCCCUGAGAUCAUGACCUGAACUGAAACCAAGAGCAGAUGCUUAACCGAUGAGCCACCCAGGCACCCCAAAUCUUCUGCAUCUUUGGGGCCCUUUCUAGUCUCUAGUCUGAAAUGGAAGAUACUUUGCAAAUGAGGUAAAUGGUGUGUGGAAAGGCACGUGGAGUGGCUUAAAGAUUGUGACCAGGAAGCAACAUCUGAGCCAGAGCCCAGGCAGCGUGGAGCAGGGCCACCAAGACAUCCAGAACUUUGUGACUUGGUAGAGGGGACCAGCGCAUGGCCCUUGGUGCUGCACUUUGUCCAAGUGAUGAAGAACAGAAUUUUGUUAUUUUAGUUAUUUUUUUGUUUUUAAAGAUUUUAUUAUUUUUAUUUUUUAAGGAUUUUAUUUAUUUGACAGAGCACGGGAGAAGCAGAGGGAGAGGGAGAAGCAGACUCCCUGCUGAGCAGGGAGCCUGACGCGGGGCUCGAUCCCAGGACCCUUGGAUAAUGACCUGAGCUGAAGGCAGAUGCUUAACCAAAUGAGGCACCCAGGUAUCCCUGGUGUUUGGCUUCUACCUUCUUGCUUUUCAAAAAUAUCUGUUGGUAUUCCAAGAAAUGAUUGGAAAAUGCUAACUCAGGCAAAGGUUUUCUUUUUUUUGGUUGUUUAAAUUUUUAUUUAAAUUCCAGUUAGUUAGGAGUGCCUGGGUGUCUCAGUCAGUUGAGUGUCCAACUCUUGAUUUCUGCUCAGGUCAUGAUCUCAGGGUCGUGAGACCGAGCCCGCUCUGCGCUGAGUGUGGAGCCUGCUUAAGAUUCUCUCUCUCCUUCUCCCUCUGACCCUUGCCUCCCAUCCUCCUGAAUCACUGAAUUCUACUCCAGAAACCAAUAAUGCUCUGUAUGUUAACUACCUAAAAUUUAAAUAAUAAGCCAUAACUUAAAAAUACAUUGGAAGCCAAUAAACAUCUUUACUAAACAUGACACUUUGACCUAAAUCUAAAUCUAAACUUCAAAAAAAUAAUAAAUUCCAGUUAGUUAACAUACAGUGUAAUAUUAGUUAUUAAUUUCAGGUGUACAAUAUAGUGAUUCAGUACUUCUAUACAACGCCCGGGGCUCAUCACAGGUGCACUUCUUAAUCCCCAAUCAUCAGGUUGUUCUGUAUGGUUAAGAGUCUGGUUUUUGGAUUACCUCUCUCUCUUCUUUCCCCCCUUGCUCAUUUGUUUUGUUUCUUAAAUUGCACAUAUGAGUGAAAUCAUAUGGUAUUUGUCUUUCUCUGACUGACUUAAUUCACUUAGCAUAAUACUCUCUAGCUCCAUCCAUGUCCUUGAAAAUGGCAAGAUUUCAUUCUUUUUUUUUUUUUUUUAAAGAUUUUAUUUAUUUGACAGAGAGAGAGACAGUGAGAGAGGGAACACAAGCAGGGGGAGUGAGAGAGGGAGAAGCAGGCUCCUGGCUGAGCAGGGAGCCCGAUGCGGGGCUCGAUCCCAGGACCCUGGGAUCAUGACCUGAGCCGAAGGCAGACACUUAAUGACGGAGCCACCCAGGUGCCCUGAGAUUUCAUUCUUUUUAAUGGCUGAGUAAUAUUACAUUGUAUCUAGAUACCAUAUCUUCUUUAUCCAUUCAUCUGUUGAUGGACAUCUGGGCUGUUUCCAUAAUUUGGCUAUUGCAGAUAAUGCUAAAAUAAACAUCAGGGUGCAUGUAUCCCUUUGGAUUGGUAUUUUUGUAUUCUUUGGGUAAAUACCUAGUAGUGCAAUUGCUGAAUCUUAGGGUAGCUCUAUUUUUAACUUUCUGAGGAACCGCCAUAUGUUAUCAGGGAGUGGGUUCCUGUUGGAGCACAAUGCUCUAUCGGCCCAAACAAAUAUUAGACAAACCUGGAAACCUUUUCUUCCCCUGGAAUAUUAGACAAACCUGGAAACCUUUUCUUCCCCUGGAGGAAGCAUGCAAGAUGGAGGUUUGAGGAUGGAUCCAUUAAAAUGUAGAAUUCAGGGCGCCUAGGUAGCUCAGUUGGUUGAGCAACUGACUUUUUUUUAAAGAUUUAUUUGAGAGAGAGAGCACGAUCGGGAGGGGCAGA